AUGGAUAAACUCUUAUUCAAUUGUUUCAUUGCAUGCUUUCUCUUUUUUUCUCCCUUGUUUGUUCAUGCUAAAGAAUUAUCAUGCAAUCAAACACCAUACCCUCAUGUUUGCAACCAUUACAUUGGAACUACUAAUACACUAUCAACCCUAGAUUCUUCUUCAUUCCAUGAUAUUUCCAUUAAGGUUACCAUGGACCAGGCUAUUGAAGCAUACAAACUUGUGUCAACCAUGGAUUUGAAUAAUUUCAAAGACAAUAGAGCCAAGUCAGCAUGGGAAGAUUGUGUUGAGCUUUAUGAGGAUACAAUUUAUCAACUUAAUCGCUCCAUAAACUCAAAAAACUUAAAUGACAAAUUAACAUGGCAAAGUGCUUCCAUUACCAAUCAUGAAACUUGUCAAAAUGGUUUCAUUGAUUUCAACCUUCCCUCUCACUUAAACUACUUCCCCUCCAUCUUAACCAACUUUACUAAAUUGCUUAGCAACUCCUUGUCCAUUAGCAACACUCUAGCCUCCAUCCCAAGCAUGAAACAAAAUGGAGGGAGAAGAUUGUUAUCAGAUGGAUUUCCACAUUGGCUUUCAGGUUCCGAUAGAAAGCUUCUUCAAGUAACACCGAGUGCUGAUAUUGUGGUGGCACAAGAUGGAAGUGGGAACUAUAAGACAAUCUCAGAAGGUGUAGCCGCUGCUUCUAAGCUUAGUGGAAAAGGAAGAGUCGUUAUUCAUGUGAAAGCAGGAGUAUACAAAGAGAACAUUGAUAUAAAAAAGACAGUGAAGAACAUAAUGAUAUUUGGAGAUGGAAUGGAUUCAACAAUUGUUACCGGUAAUCAUAACACUCAAGAUGGUUCUACCACUUUUCGUUCAGCUACUUUUGCGGUAAUGGGAGAUGGUUUCAUAGCAAAAGAUAUGACGUUCGAGAACACUGCCGGACCACAGAAGCACCAAGCGGUGGCUCUCCGUUCCGGCGCCGAUCACUCGGUUUUCUACCGCUGCUCCUUCAAAGGCUACCAAGACACUCUAUAUGUUUACGCCACCCGUCAAUUCUACCGCGACUGUAACAUCUACGGAACAGUCGAUUUCAUCUUCGGUAACGCAGUGACUGUUCUUCAAAACUGCAACAUCUUAGUUAGAAAACCGAUGAGCAACCAACAGAACACCGUAACGGCACAAGGAAGAACAGAUCCAAACGAGAACACCGGAAUAGUGAUCCAUAACUGCCGAAUAACCGCCGCGGGUGAUUUGAAACCAAGUCAGAAUUCAGUGAAAAGUUAUCUGGGUAGACCGUGGCAGAAGUAUUCAAGAACGGUAGUCAUGAAAAGUAACAUUGAUGGAGUUAUAGACUCACAAGGUUGGGCUCCAUGGAGUGGUGGUUUUGCUUUGAGCACACUUUAUUAUGGUGAAUAUAUGAAUGUUGGUGAUGGUGCUAAUACAAAUGGGAGAGUGAAUUGGCCUGGUUUUCAUGUUAUCACAAAUCCUUCUGAAGCAGUUAAAUUUUCUGUUAGUAACUUUUUAGCUGGUGAAUCUUGGAUUUCUGGUAGUGGUGUGCCGUUUGAUGCAGGCUUGUGA